GUUAACCGAAUAAUGUGGUGGGCGUGAUAUUUAGCAUAUAUUAACUUCAGCAGGAAUAUGAUAUUUGAAGCAGUUAUUAGGUUCACACCGUAUUGUUGUAUUGUUAUUUAAUUGCAAGCGUAUAUUGUUCCAAAAUUGAAAAAACGUUAAACUUUGAUACAAAAAUUAUUUGAAAAGUAUUUGUUUCAAAAUCGAAACUAACCAUUGAUUUUAAUAACAUUUAAUUACAACAGAAAGGCGAUUUUAGAAGAAGUGUUUAACCAAGACAAUUCAAGGGACGCAGCUACAAUAUUGUCGAUGGAUAAUGCUGUAUGUUUCCCGUUAGUAAUGGAUAUGAAAGGUAUGGACAUAUGCCAGUCGCAUGGCAAGAAGAUCAAAUUCUACUGCCAUGAUCACUCAAAACUCUGCUGCACUACUUGUGGUAUCUUACAUGGAAAAUGUGAUCAAUUAGACGAAAUAUCCAGUGUGUCUGGACGCAAAGUGCCCGACCCGAGCUUCUUAAAACAGAUCUUACUACAAUCAGAAGCUGAUGCAGACUCUUUAAUUGCGAACUGUAAGCAGUCAAAGACGGGUUUGAAUCAGUCUAUUGCAAACAUUUCUAAAGAAUUGCAUGAAAUGAGAGACCGUGUCAUGAAACUUUUUGACAUGGCUGAAAAGAGAAUAAUGAAUGAAGCGAAUGCAGUAAAAUCUGUGGAGUUCAAGCGACUUGACGAUAUAAAUGCAGCAUCUUCCAAGAUUAAAACAAACAUCAAUCAAGUGUUGUCAGUGUGCUCCGCUCUCUUGAAAAAUGGAACGCCAGAUCAAAAGUACAUAUUCUGGAGGAAUUUUCAGCAGAGAAAUGAAACCUUCAUAUCUGAUAUAACUGAACAACGAAACGAGCAAGUCACAACAAAAAUGACAUUGUCUUUUCCGAAGGAGCUUACAACAAUUCUCGAAAAAGGAAACAACGACAUUAAGCUUAAUUGCGAGCGCAAGCAAACAGUGGAAACCAGUCUUAUCAGCUUAUCAUCCCAUCCAAGGCCAGUCACUCUGAAGCUGCUUGUGUCCGUGGAUCUACACAAGACUGGAGAUGAUGAGAAGAAGCCUCUCCUCACUGGACUGGACUUCCUGCCGGACGGGAGACUGGUAGCCGUGGAUAACAGUAACAUGAAAUGUGUCAUACUGAAUGAGCAACUACAGGGACUUGGAACACCGUACAAGUUCAAGAGUAACCCACUUGGCGUAGUAUGUAUGUCUCAUGAUACACUGUGUGUAACGAGUGGUGCAUAUAAAGUAGUAUUUCUCCUGUCUGUGAGUACAGACAAUACCAUCACACUGACCAAGCAGAUCAAUACAACAUCAAAGUUCGACUCUAUAUGCUGCAUGUCUCCAUUUAACAUGGUUGUUAGUACGUACAAUGAUGAUCCCCAUCCAGUAAAAAUGAUAUCAGUGGACGGGCUAGAGGCAGACUUUGAUCACAUCCUGACGUUUCCAAAGAAGACUUACAAAAUUGAUGAGAGUAAGUGCACGUAUGUCCAGUCUAAGAACACGUUAGUACUGACUGACAGGUACGCUCACACUGUGUACAUGAACGACACCGUGAAUGGCACAUCUAGAGCAGUCACUAAUGAGAACAUACAGGGACCUUGUGGUGCCUGUGUAGGACCUGGUGACACGGUGCUGGUGUGCAGUCAGAAUAACAACUCCAUCGUGCACAUGACCAAUGACGGCAACAUACUGGGUACCUACCCUGUGGAUAUGACGAACCCGUACAGAAUAUGUGUGUCUAAAGAUGGUACCAGGCUGGUGGUGUCUAACAGCGUUCUAGGCACGAGGAAACUUCACUUGUAUAAGAUAUCACCGUUUGAUGAGAAGAAGCAUCUCCCCAGCAGACCGGCCUACUUGCAGCGUGUUUUUCAAAUGUUAGCUAGCUAUGACUGACGAUAUCAAGACAGCCUGUCUUAUGUCCGUGACAAUACCAUUCGAAUGUCAAUGGAGAUCAACAUAUUAUCAAGGAACUCAUAUCAGUUCUCAUCUGUUUGAUGCAUGUCUCUAGCUAACAUGAUAUUGAGUAAAUUGUGUGAUCCCCGCUUUAUUAAAAUGAUAUUCAUGAACGGUGGAGAGUCAGACUUUGAGCACAUUAAGUUUCAUAUGAAGAUGUACACACUUUAUUCGGGUUAUUGCACAUUAUUUUACGUAUGUUCAGUCAUGAAGACGUUGAUACUUAUUGGCAGGUACGCUCACAUAGUGUACAUGUCCCACACCGUGACCAUCUAGGGAAGUCGCUGAAAAGAACAUUACGGAAGCACGUGAUGCCUGUGUUGUUAUGGCUUUUAUGGGCGGUUGGUUAAAAACUUUAACGACCAGUUAAUGUAACAGUCGGUUUUGAGCAAAACGGCCUAUAUAUGUUUUUGCGUUUGUUACUUUAGCGGAUAGUAAUUUAUUAUAACGUUCGAUACAAGGACAGGGUAGCCUCUAUCAGGCGAUCUGAAUUUUAAAAAGUAUUUCCCAAUUCUAAUUUGAUUUUUAUUCACAUGAAAUUUAUGUUUUCGCCAUUCUGAUGUUUUAUUCGUGUUAAGAAAACGUAUUUAAAAGUAAGCUGAGAAAUAAAUGUAUUGUUUAAAGAUGAGUAUCUCUUCCAGAACGCUAUAUAUUCAUAUGUUUAUGAAAACAAUGUUAUUCUUUUAUUUUCCAAACUGUUCUGUUUUAUUUCAAUAAUUGUUAAAUAAUUGUAUAUAAUUAAAUUCUACGUCUUGUUUUAAUUGUUUUAUAUACUGUUUUAAUUAAAUAAAAAUUUGUGUCUUUUUCAUCACAGUGAAGAAUUUAAUAAAAUUAGCACACAAAAAAUAUUUCUGUAAUUAUAACAUACGCAUAUAUAAUAGCUGUAAAUUAUCCAUAUCUUAUUGAAAAGAAGCUCUUUUGUGUUUAAUUUUUAGUUUCAAACAUCACAACUUUGCAGGAAAUUAAAAAUAGUCGAUUAAUAGUUUUGUUAAUCAUUUGUUCGCAAUAAAGUCACUAAAAACUCUUUUUCUCUAACGCAUUGUUUUCAUGGUUUCGGAUUUGUUUGCUGUACAAAUAAUUGCCAAAUUCUCAACCAAUACUAUUGUUUUGCAAAUAAUUUUUUCGGUCGUUGUAUAUUCCAUCUUGUAUAUGAAUUAUUGUAUUAUGCAUUUACUUACAAUAAUUUGAACGUUGCACAUUGGUUGCCGUUUGCCAACAUGCCCAACAUGAAGAUAAUGAUUUAUAAAAAUAAAAACCAGAAAGGUCUUACGUUAUGGCGUAACCAUUUAAAAAGUAAACUCAUGAGAAUCAUUUUAUUUUGCGAAUGUUUACACGAAAUGUUUCAUUCUUUCGUAAUCAUUGUUCAAUCAUACGUGUUUUUUUUUCAAUUCAUUGAGCGAUUACAAUAUAUAUGAUAUGUUUAAAAAAUAUAUAUGUGUAGUUAAAAUAUGUUAUAUGUAGUUAAAAGCACGAUAUAACGUUUCAUUAUUUAACAAAGUGCUGUACGAUAUGGCGAUAUAUUUGGACCAGAACACAGCGGACAUACCAGAUAAGUAUUUUAACUGUUAUCGAGAACAAAUUUAUCAUAGUAUUGUGCAAAACGGAGUUAAAUAUAUAUAUUCUAUUAUAUACCUAUAUGACCUUUCAUAUUCUUUCAGUUGCUUGCAUUUGUUACUUCUAAUAUAUACAGCAACGGCAAGUUUGCGAAUGAUCGAUUUAUAGCAAUAAUUCCUGAGAGAAAAAUAAGAAAAUUAAAUUAAAUAUAGUUUAAAUGAUGGACACAUUAUUUAACCGCGAUUUUGCAGACCAGUAAUACGUUUUGUUUCAACACGGUGUAAAUCAUAUCACUUUUUCAUUACGAAAUUAUAUUUUAAUCUUCACAAAUAUAUUUUCUCUACUUUAUAAUAACGUGUGUAACCCAUAUACAUAAUUGUAACAGUAUUAGUGUAGCAAUAAAUAUAUCGCUAUCAAGAUGUGUUUUGUAUCUGUAAAUUUCAGCGAAUUUUGGCAGUUGAAUUUUAGAUGAAUAUGUUCAUUCAAAAAUAAUGUUAUUUAAAAUACUGCAAAAAUAAGAAAUCCUUCGGCGAUUGAU